CCCGUUUAAAUGUAAACGUGUACAUCUAUGCAUUUUAUUAUCCUAAUUAUAUAUUGUAUUCUUUAUAUCUCGCGAUCUAGACGGAAGAUUAAUUUUGUCACAACGAAUUACGCACAACGAAGAUUUUGAAAGUGCGUAGGAUUAAGUUUACGAACGCUUUGCAAAUGUUUAAAAGCUAUAAUUGGAAAAAUACGUACUGUCGGUAAAUAGGUAUAUACACUCUGCGUGACAUUGAAGUGUUUACAACUGAAAUAGGAUCGAUACAUAACGUCAAGGUGUUCUGUUUUGUAUACCUAUUACAGUUACUUUCAUUAUACCGGAUAUAUUAACAACAACAAAAACAACAUACAAUGGGAAACAGAAUAUCGGGCUCCAGUGCUAGACGACGAUCCCGUUCGACAAGCCAUGGCCAACGGAACGUGGACCUAGGUUCACCCACGGAUGAGAGAAUACAAGCCCUGUUGGAGCAAUUCGAGGCCUUGCAUCGGGAGCUGCUUCAGGGAGGGCUGCUGUCAAGUUCACCAUUUCUGAGUUUUACUUUAUUGCAAAAGAAGGGCGUGGACACUGAGCGCCUUCCCACAAAGGAAUUUUCUUGUCCUCAUGAUUCCAGAGGGGACACGUGCCAUAUUUGUUUAGAGACAUACAGCACUGGCGACACGUUGAAAACGUUGCCGUGUUUUCACGACUUCCACAGUUCGUGCAUUGACCAGUGGUUAUCGAGCGAGGUUUCGUGUCCGACGUGCAGGUUUGAGGUCAACACGUCAUCCGAGGAGAACGGGAUCCCGAAUGAGGUGCAAACUUAAAAGCUCGGGACCGGGGAGAGUUUGCAUAUCCCUCUUCAGAUACAUAGUCAUAAUAUAUGCAUAAUAUAAUUUUAUGUUUUACUUAUUUUUGUGUAAAUGUUUAGUGUUAAUACGAUUAACCCAUUUAUGUCUAGCGUCUAGAAAAAAGGUCAUGGCAAACAGCGUAGAACCAGAUGAGACGCCGCAUGAUGCAGCGUCUCAUCAGGGUCCGCGCUGCUUGCUUAAAGGAAUUUCUGUAAGAUAUUUUCUAAACAUAGAAAUAAAAAUACUAGACAUCCCUAAAUUUGGAAAUAAAUUUAUCCAAUUAAGAAGGAUGGGAGAGUCCACUAGGCAUAAAUACGAUUAAGACUGUAUAUUGUGCGUUCAAACAAUUUUAAGUGCCUCUUAUUAUUGUCUUUACCGAGUUGUUAUAUUCUGACCGGAGAUUGUGGUUUAACCUUAUUUUACAUAUUCAUAUUUAAUGUUAGAGUUUAGUAAUUAUCUUGCUGACAAAUUAUUUUAGGUCCGUCCAAAUUUUAGUAGGUUAUUACGUAACAAGUAUAAUAAGUUUGAAUAUAUAAGCGUUAUAUAUGACACAAUAUUAAAAGUUUCAGUUCUAUACAGUGUACAUAUAUAUCUUACUAAAUCGUUUUUGAUUUCUUCUUUAGAACUUAUGUGUACACUUAGAUACUUUUUUAACGCAACAUUCUAUUGUACACUUCUAACCGUAACGUUACACGUUUCAAACUUAAAUAUUUCAGUUAUGAGUAAAGAUUUUUAUUCAAAUUGUACUUGAUCAUUUGACUAUAUUAUGUGCUAGCUAACGAUAAAAUCAUUCAUCCGCGACGAUCGGACGCUUGAGCACGUGAGAUAGUUAGCCUGCAACUUGCCAAUUGCGCGGUAACGCUGUUGAUUAUUCAAACGAGACAUAUUGUGUGUGUUUUUUAAUUAUAAAUUUGAUGUUUUUCUGGUAUAUAUCGCGUUUCACCAUUUCUACGUGUAAAAAGAUUAAACGAUACAUAUCCCACGUGCUACAGCGUUCAUCUUCACUGGAGAAUGAUUUAAGACCGUUGAUUUUGUACAUGCAAUAAUAAUAUUUUUCUUUAUAUUAUAACUUAAAACGUUUGUAUACCGUUUGAUCCGGAAAGAUAGCAUGUAACUCUUCAUUAUGGGCGCAAGAGUUAUUAUCACAGCAUUUUCCUUUACUGUUUCCUUUCAGUGUUUUAAAUGUCAACAUUUCGCCCCCCUUGGUGCAAAAGGUACCACGUGACAUUGAAAAAAAGAAGGCACAUGGUACCUUUAUGCACCAAUAGGGCGAUUUAAAGUAUUUAGGUAUAUGCUGUGUAUCCAAGGCUAAUGGAAAUUAUUGAAAGUGAGACAAUAAGAUAACUUAUUGAAAGUUUUGUAAUACUAUUAUAUUUGAUAAAUAAACAAGAUUAAUAUCAUAUUCAGCAAAAUUAACUCACAAAAUCAUUGCUGAUUUAACAAAUAAAGCAAUAUGUUUUUCCACACCGUUUGUUAUUCGACCUCUACAUUUAUUCCCUUAGAAUGCAUAAUGCUUUAGAAGUAUGUCUGUGGUGUAAAUUGUGUCCACCUAUCAAUCCCGAUUUCGCGGCUACGGUCCCGACGCAUAUGUUAAUGUAUAUUUCCAUUUUGUAUAAUGUUUUCAUGUAUGCCUUAAUUGCAUUAUACAAUCAACUUUUUUAUGUAUAUUAUUUAUUAUAAUGGUUAACCCAUUUAUGCCUAGCGUCUAGAAAAAGGCCUUGGCAAACAGCGUAGACCCAGAUGAGACGCCGCAUGAUGCGGCGUCUCAUCAGGGUCUGCGCUGUUUGCUUUAAGGAAUUUCUGUAAGAAAUAUUCUAAACAUAGAAAUAAAUAUACUAGACAUCCCUAAAUUUGGAAAUAAAUUGAUCCAAUUUAGAAAGAUGGGAGAGUCCACUAGGCAUAAAUGAGUUAAAUAUUUGCUCUUGUUACUUACGACCAUUGAAAUAAAGUACUCUUGUUA